AUGUAUCUUCCGAAACGACCCACCCUCCUUGUCACUUUGCUGGUGCUGUCCUGGGGAGAUGGUGGAAUGCGGCAUGCGGCUGGGAAACACUCGGAGCAUCACGAUGCAGAACAGCAGGAAUUUGUGUAUGAAGUUUCGAGCAGGCUUGUUGGAAGCAUCAAAGAGGGGAAGGCAGCAACGACCUGGAGGGCGAUUUCCUGCCUGAGGCGAUUCGAUCGCCAUCUUGCGAUGCUUGUCUUUGCUCCAACGUUCGAUUCAUCUGCCGUGAGGCCGAGAAAGAAGAACAAGCUGUUCGACUCUAACAUAUCUAGAACCGUCGCUCCCGCGUUGAGCAGGGUGAUAGCAGAGAGGCAUGGCAUCGCUGGAUCGCGUCUGUCGAUCCUUGCUCAGACUACGGCAUCCUUGUUCUGCUCUCAGAACUACUCGCUCGCUCUCCGAUGGUUGUCUCUGCACGACUAUCUGUCCGAAGGAUCGAAGAUGCACGGACAGCUUCGGGAACUGGAGGAAGAAGGGUCGCAAUCCGUGGGGUCGAUAUUUCAAAAAUCCAUCGUGCAGAUUGCGAGCUCGCAGCAAGACGAGUCUUGUUUUCGAGCAGCACAGCUCUUGCGCAGCAUCGUCAGGAUAAGAAGGCGAUCGAAGGGAUCGGACCAUGUGCAAUACGAGACGUACAUCUAUCAAGCCCGGCUCUCCAUGCUGUUCCACCAUUACUCGGUCGCUAUCUCGGCGCUGGAAAGAAUUAUGACAGGGGGGAGAGAGAACGAUGCGCAGGCGCUGUGCCUGCUGGUGAACGCUCAGGACUCAAACAUCGAGCUGCGAGGGCAGCAGGAGAGAUAUCAGCGGUUGUCCAGAGUUCUCCGUCAAUUGUUCCAGUCGUUCUCGCCGCCAGCCAGCCAGUGCAUAUCCCCGUUCUCCGCCUUAGCCUCUCCGUUAACUCCCUUGGAAGCGCUCAUGGUGGCUCGCAGCGCGGCUGUGAGGGAGAGAAGUGCGUUGAGGGGUGUGAAAAGUCUCAGUGUGAGGCGUCUGGAAGACCUGCUGCCCAACAGCCCAGACCGGAGGAUCUCCGUGGGAUACAUCACGUCAGAGUGGGGGGACAACAGCGUUGGCAGGGAGAUCCAUGCGGUGCUUGAGCGGCACUCAGCGAGGAGGGUUCGGCCCGUGUGCUUCAUGCUCAAGGACCCUCUUGAGGGUUCUCUGAGGGCGAGGGAGUGGAGGGAGAAGACGAGCCGAGCCUGCGGCAGCGGCCUCGUGCCCCUGCACCAUCUGUCGGAUGUGGAGGGGGCGGAGAGAGUGAACAAGGAAAGGCUGCACGUCCUCGUCGAUCUCAACGGGUGGAUGUCUGGCAGCAGAGUCCGCAUCCUCGCGCUGCAGCCGGCGAUGUUGCAGAUUAACUACAAGAAUUUUGUGGGGAGCAUGGGAGCAGAUUUUGAGCCUUUCAUUGUCACGGACAAGGUCUGCAGCCCUCCGGAGUUCGUGCAGGACUACCAGGAGAAGCUUCUGCUGAUGCCGAGGAGCUUCUACGUCACCGAGGAUUAUUCAGAGACGCACCCUGAAUGUCUUCAGGACGAAGAAUUUUCGGUUCCCCAUAAGAGGGAGAUUGUGGAGGUUGCCAGGGCUCAGUCGGAGCAGCGGGGGGUCAAGCGAUCCGGGGGGGUCAGCACAGACGUCGUGAUCGCAAACUUCAACAACUGGAAGAAGCUCGACAUGCGAACUCUCAGGGUGUGGGCCAAGGUCAUGGGGGAGGUUCCGAACUCGAUCCUUUGGCUGAUGUCGAUGUUGCCGUACGAGGGGCCGUCAGGUGCCGUCGGAGGAGGGCAGGAAGAGCUUGACAGAUGUCAAACAGACUCGCUCAAGUCAAUCUUGCAGUCCCUGGGUGUCGAUGCCUCCCGCGUCGUCAUUACGGGGCUGCUGCCGAGUGAGACGCAUCUGAUCGCGAAGCAGCAAGCUACGGAUGUAUUCCUGGACUCUCUCGCCUACAAUGCGCACAGCACCGCAGUCGAGCUGAUCUGGGCGAACGUCCCUGUCCUCACCUGCCCUGAGCUCAAGAUGACUGCGAGGGUCGCUUCCAGUCUGCUGCUGGCUCAUGGCAUGUCGGCGUUAGUGGCUCGCGAAGCCAGGGACAUGGAGGACGUGGCGGUCAGGCUGCUGCGGGAACGACGACACUUGAAGAGGAUGCGGUCAGAGCUGAGGAGGAGGAGGAGGAGCGGGAGUGAGGACAGUUUAUUCGACAUCUCUCAGUGGACGCGAUCGUUCGAGGACGGUCUGUUCUCCUUGCUCGAGGCCUCUGCCUCCUCCCCUCGACAUCUACACAUCGUCGUCUCCUCGAGCGGCCCCGACCCCCGUCGCCAGUAG